GGUUUACAGUUAUUUCCCGGCAAAAAAGUUUUCGCAUUAAAAUUUUUUCAGUCUCUGUUUUUUUUUAAAUUUUCUUUAAUUUGCACUGUUAAAUUCACCCAAUAUGACCGAAAAAGAAGUUGAGUACAUUGACUAUCUGACGGAGAAGGGCAUUUUGCCCAAGCUGCUGGAUAUAUUGAAGCAACUGGUCGCAAUGGAUCCGCCGCCAGCGGAUCCCCUGAUGUACAUUCUUCAUGCCCUAGGAUGUCCACUUAUUCCACAGGCCCAAAUGAAGGCUUUGGAGCGCAAGGUGUCACGCGCCCACGACGAACUGCGCCACUUGCGGCGCCUGCUCAUCGAUUUGGAUGGCGAAGAUCAGCUUUACGACAGCUCUAGCGACGACGACGAAUAUGUGGGCGCUGUAGAGACUGCCUUUAAUGAUUCCUCCGAUGAGUACACCGAUGAGGCCGGUACGCAGACCGAGGAUGAUAGUUCAGAGGCAUCGGCAGCUGGUUCUGCCGAGGAUCAGGAGGAGAUUUGCAAUCAGUAAAUUGCAUGAAAUGCAUCCCAUAUUAUCAUCAGCAUGUUUCGAUAUCACAUAAGCCGUUCAGCCUGUUUUAUGUCCUGCAAGCAUAUUCCUGGCAACUGCAUGUGAGUUGGGUUUUUUUCUUUUUUCCAUUAUUUUUUCAAUAUACCGUUCGAUUUUCCAUAAAAUCUAUAAUUAAAUAAGAGGCAGUGCUAAACCGUUGGCACGGUCUCUUAUCAAUUAAUUUAAACAAUUUAAAUGCUGACCUUUCCUUGCGAAAAACAUCUUUCAAAACUUCUGAAAUGUAAUAAAUAUGUAGAAUAAAGUCAAUAAUGUUUGAAAAGUA